AUGGUGUUGUUGCAAGAGACUAAAAAGCAGGGAAUCAAUGUAGAAUUUGUGAACUCUAUUUGGGCUGGAGAAAAAGUGGAAUUCAUGUCAGUUGACUCAGAGGGUGCAGCUGGGGGGUUACUCUGCAUCUGGAAUCCUAAGGUCUUUCAGCUCAAUCAAUGUUGUUGCAAUCGUAACUUUCUCCUUCUCGCAGUCAAAUUAAAAUCCUUGAAAUCUGCCCUAAAGAAGUGGAACAUCGACAUGUUUGGAAAUGUGGAGAACAAGUUAAAAGCCACAGAAGAGGAAGCACAUGUCCUUGAUCUAGUUGCUGAAGAAAGGCCAUUAUCUGCAGAUGAACUGGCUAGGAGAAGAGUAUUGCAUGGCGAUGCUUGGAAGAUGAACAAAAUGCGCAAUAGGAAUGCCCUAUGCUCAAUUCUAGUGAAUGGUAUUAAUAUUGAAGAUCCCAUAGGUGUUAAAUCAGAGGUGUUGAAUCAUUUCAGAAAUCUUUUUGCUAAGCCUUGGAAGAAAAGACCUUCCCUUAAUGGCCGUUUUAAGUCAAUUGGGGAUGCCAAUGAUUUUGGCCUUUUAGAGGCAGAGUUCACAGAGGUGGAAAUUAGUAAUGCCAUCAAAUCUUGUGGGGGUAACAAGGCUCCUGGGCCAGAUGGUUUUAAUUUGGGCUUUUUUCAGAAAUGUUGGAGUAUAGUUAAGGAGGAUGUUCUGCACUUUAUGAGGGACUUUCACUUUAAUGCUAAGUUGUCCCAGGUGUUACCAAGUAUCAUAAAUGAAACUCAAUCAGCUUUCAUCAAGGGUAGAUAUAUCUUCGAUGGUAUCCUUAUUGCAAAUGAGAUAGUAGAAGGCUGGAAGAAGGCUGGUGAGAGUGGUAUUGUGCUUAAACUUGAUUUCGAAAAAGCCUUUGACUUAAGGGGGCUGAGGCAAGGAGAUCCACUGUCACCAUUCCUGUUUAUUAUUGUGGUUGAAACCCUCAACAUUUUGCUGGAAAGGGCCAAGCAUUUGGGUCUAAUCAGAGGGGUCUCUGUAUGCUCAAGUGGUCUUAGGCUUACCCAUUUACAAUUUGCAGAUGAUACUAUUUUGUUUUGCGAAGCUGAAUGGGGAGAAGUAGCCAAUAUAAAAAGAAUCCUGAGGUGCUUUGAAAUUGUAUCAAGUCUUAGGAUUAACUACAAUAAGAGCGUGGUCUGUGGGGUGGGAAUUCCUGUUGAGCUGGGCCAAGAGUUCGCAACAAGUUUGAAUUGUCAUAAUCAAAUCUUGCCUCUUAAGUACUUGGGUCUGCCAUUAGGUGCCAGCCCAAGUAGGAGAAGAACCUGGCAGCCUGUGAUUGAUAAGUGCAAGCUUUGUCUUGCUUCUUAG